UGGAAAUUAGCCCGAGCAAGUAAAGGUCUGGAUCAAAGGCUGGUCACUUUCUAAAGUCAACUCCCUCCCUCCCUUUGACUCUUGGUCAAGAGCUGUGCUGAGCUGGCCACGGCCUGGCUCAGGGACACUCGUACCGGCACAGGGAAAAGCAUCGGGACUCCUCCCGCCUCUCGUAAUAAUGCCAACCAUGGAUGACAUUCUAGAGCACAUAGGGGAAUUUGACUUCUUCCAGAAACAGACGUUUUUCCUCUUAGCUCUACUCUCUGCAGCAUUCACCCCCAUCUACGUGGGCAUCGUCUUCCUGGGCUUCACCCCGGAUCACCGCUGCCUGAGCCCCGGGGUGGCCGAGCUGAGCCGGCGAUGCGGCUGGAGCCUGGCGGACGAGCUGAACUACACGGUGCCCGGCCCGGGGGCCAUGGGCGAGGCCUUCCCCCGCCAGUGCCGCGGCUACGAGGUGGACUGGAACCGGAGCGCCCUCAGCUGCGUGGACCCGCUGGCAGGCCUGGCCACCAACAGGAGCCACCUGCCGCUGGGGCCCUGUCGCCACGGCUGGGUGUACGACACACGGGGCUCGUCCAUCGUGACCGAGUUUAACCUAGUGUGUGCUGAUUCCUGGAUGCUGGACCUGUUUCAGUCGGCUGUGAAUGUAGGAUUUUUUAUCGGUGCUGUGAGUAUCGGCUACCUAGCAGACAGGUUUGGCCGUAAGCUCUGCCUCUUGGUAACGAUCCUCAUAAAUGCUGCAUCUGGAGUUCUCAUGGCUGUUUCCCCAAACUAUACAUGGGUGUUAAUUUUCCGCUUGAUCCAGGGGCUGGUCAGCAAGGCAGGCUGGUUAAUAGGCUACAUCCUGAUUACAGAAUUUGUCGGGCUAAGCUAUCGGAGAACGGUGGGCAUUGUUUACCAAGUGGCCUUCACCGCGGGGCUCCUGGCGUUGGCUGGGCUGGCCUAUGUGCUUCCUCACUGGAGGUGGCUACAGCUCACUGUUACUCUGCCCAACGUCUGCUUCUUGCUCUAUUACUGGGGCAUACCUGAGUCUCCGAGGUGGCUGAUCUCCCAGAACAAAAGUGCUAAAGCCAUGAGCGUCAUUAAGUACAUGGCAAAGAAAAAUGGAAAAUCUCUGCCGGCCUCCCUUCAG